UCAUCCCCGCGCCGCCGCGGCCGAAACAGGAAGCGGGAGCAAAACAAAGGCGCGGCCGCGGGGAGCGGUCCUGCCAGUCCCGGCUCUCGGCGCCCCAGGCCAGCCGCCCACUCCGGGCCCCCCGACCAUGUCCAACAUGGAGAAACACCUGUUCAACCUCAAGUUUGCGGCCAAAGAGCUGAGCCGCAGCGCCAAGAAAUGCGACAAGGAGGAGAAGGCGGAGAAGGCCAAGAUCAAGAAGGCCAUCCAGAAGGGCAACAUGGAAGUGGCGCGCAUCCACGCCGAGAACGCCAUCCGCCAGAAGAACCAGGCGGUGAAUUUCCUGCGCAUGAGCGCGCGCGUGGACGCCGUGGCCGCCCGCGUCCAGACGGCCGUGACGAUGGGCAAGGUGACCAAGUCCAUGGCCGGGGUGGUCAAGUCCAUGGACGCGACGCUGAAGACCAUGAACCUGGAGAAGAUCUCCGCCCUCAUGGACAAGUUCGAGCACCAGUUUGAGACGCUGGACGUCCAAACGCAGCAGAUGGAGGACACGAUGAGCAGCACCACGACGCUGACCACUCCCCAGAACCAGGUGGAUAUGCUGCUCCAGGAGAUGGCAGACGAGGCAGGCCUCGACCUCAACAUGGAGCUGCCGCAGGGCCAGACCGGCUCGGUGGGCACCAGCGUGGCCUCGGCCGAACAGGACGAGCUGUCCCAGAGACUGGCCCGCCUCCGCGACCAGGUGUAAUGACCGUCGCCGCCCCCGCGCCGGGAGCGGGCAGCGCACUCCGGGAGCCGCCGGGCGGAGCCCAGUGCUAGAAGAGGCUCCCGACCGAAGACGCUGCUGCCUUCGGGUUUACAGUGCGCUCCGGGUCGUUACGGAGCUCCUCCCGGCUCUCUCCACUCUCCUCGGAUUCUUAAGUUCUCUAUGGGUUGUGAUGUGUAUUUUUCUAGCUACCUUUUGAAAAGCUAAUUAAGUGUAUAUGAAUCUCUUCCCAAAAAUCUGGUCGAAACGCUUGUUUCCUCUGUAUUCUGUUUUCUGCUCUAAUUUAAGUGCUUUUUUUUUUCAUUUAUUUUACUCGGUAAUAUCUAAAACUGACAAAUGGUACAUAACUAUUAAAGGGAAGAAAAUGAUUACUUCGUUAUUUAAUGGAAUUUCCUGUGUUGUUUAUUGACAUCAGAUUGAAGCUGCAAUUGAUUGUUGAUCUGAACUAGCAAACUAAAACUUGGACACUUAUUUAAUACUCACUGUAUGCAUAUGGUCUAUAAAUUUUUUGUGUUGUGGAUUUUUUUUUAAUAACUGGAAAAUGCCACCUAGUUCCCAUUUAUUUUAAGGAAAACUUCACUCACUUGCAGUUUUUAUUAUCUAAAGAGUUUCUCGAAAGACAGACUGUAAUGUGACCACCAUUUCUUUCAAAUGGUAGUAUUUCUUGUUAUUUUCAUAUUUCAACACUUGAAUUACAUCCUAAAGUAUGUUAGCUAGCAUGGAUUUACUCACUCUAACAUUGCCAAAGAACUGUUGGUUGGUUUAAGAAAUUCCCAGAACUCCGUGUAUGUGUGUGUGUGUGUGUGUGUGUGUGUGUGUGUGUGCGCGCAUGUGUGUAAGUUUUGUUUUGUUUUGAUUGUGGCAACUAAAAGUGAACAGAAAAUUAGAACCAUUAUUUUUAAGUUCUAAUUACUUGCAUUUGUCUUAAAGCAAUAGUGCUUUAAAAACCAUAGGAAUAUAUAUUUGAGUGUUUUUCUUUGCCAUGAGAAUAAUUAAAAGCAGCAGCCAGUGGGAAAGAGGAUAAGGACAGGAUUGGACAGCAGGCCUUGACAUAAGCCAGAGCCCAGUUGUGUUCCCCUCUCUAUAGGAGUGGCAGCUUCUAUUCUUUGGCUAAAAAGCAAGGCUAUCACUUUUUCAAGGUUAACAGAGAUUUACUUUUGCCUCAGCAAGUAUCUUAACCUAAAUUAAAUACUUAAUUUCUUUUAAACCGUCCUUUCCUUCACUGUAAGAUUUCUGGUGUUUCAGGAAAUAAUUAUUGGCAUUCCACAAGCCCUUGAAAAGAUUCGUAACCAAGAAUUCAUUAUUACAUGUUUUGAGUGAGUGAAAAAAAAUAGAACACAUAUAUGCAGAUGAGGACUGACCUUCAUAUUUAAGUGUCUUUACAGCAGACUGGAUAUUCCAGAAUCUUCCUUGUAAGGCACGUGUUGUUAAUCUGCCCAACUUUGUCAUUUAAUUUCUAGAAUUUCCCCACCUUGAGUGUCUCAUCUAUUCCUGUGGUUACACAGAGACAGCUGUAGAAUAGCGUGUGUAAUAACUCGUCUACACUUUAAAAAAAUUACAACUUUAAAAUUGCUUAGUGCUGAACCCUUUGUUAAACUGAUCCUUUUAUAGUAAAAAUAUUCCCAACAAAGUGAAUAUAUUUUGUGAGAUUGAACAAUGCUUGAAUAUGCUUGACCUUUCUUAAUAUAUGUUCAUUUUGAUCUAUAUGAAUGUACAUUUUUACAGACCAUAAAUAUUAUUUUCAAAAGCA